UUGGCGACGUCCGCCCGCCCGCAGGAGAGGAAAUCCCCUCGGCCGAGUCGGUACCGCGCGCAUCCCCCUCGCCGAGUCCGGGGCCACCCGUCCGGGUCCCCUCCCCGCGCCGCGCCGCGCGUCCCGCCGCCGCCGCCGCCAUUCUCCCCACGCCGUCCCAGCUCCACCGGUGCUAGCACCACCAGGAGCGUUCACGAUGCCGGUCCUCACCGAGUUCUCCAACAAGAAGCCGCUGCACGUGUGCGCCUCGCUGGGCGAACUCAACAGCCUGGCGCAGGUGAAGAUCGAGAAGACCAAGUCCCCGCGGGGCUACGCGCAGUCGGCAAGUAAAGUGCUGAAGAAAGCGGAGGAGUAUGGGCUGGAGCGCGACGAGGAGAACGCCUACAUGCUCUACAUGCGCUUCCUGCAUAUUGUCGACCACCUGCGCAAGACGCCAGAGUUCUUACAGGACAAGGGGUUCUUCCUGUCUAUGCUGGGGAGCGACAACUUUAGCAAGGCUGUGAGAGAGGCAGAGCGACUCUCCGAGAGCCUCAAAAACAGAUAUGAGGAGGCCGAGGUUCGGCAGCGGUUGGAGGAGCGAGAGCGAGUGGCCGAGGAGGACGCCGCUUUCAGGGAUGAAGGGGUCGGAGACGACGACUAUGACGACGCGGAUGACGACGACAACUUUUAUCGGAGGCACGGCCCCCUGGGCAAUGGCACUGCCACAGGCGGCACGCGGCCCCCGGAGACCAGGAAACGCAGGUCGGGGUCGCCUGGCUCUCGGUCUCAGCCGGGCGCAGAGGUUGUGCCGACAGAAUCGAAUUCCCACACCGGCCCCUGCCGUACCAGCAUCACGCCGCAGCAGCUCUAUUCUAUGCUCAGCGGCAGUGACGUCCAGCUGGUGCUGAUGGACGCACGGCCCUCCAUCGACUACGCGGCCUCCCACAUCAUGUCAGUCCGCUGCAUCAGCGUACCGGAGGAGGCCAUCAACCCGGGGACCACAGUGGCGCAGAUAGAGGUAGGCCUGCCCCAGGAGUCGCUGUCGCUGUGGGGCGACCGGGGCAGGGUGGACUACGUGCUGCUCCUGGACUGGAGGAGCCGCCCAGAGGACGUUUUGCUGGGAACGACGCUGCACAGCCUACGCGACGCCAUCUACAAGUGGGACAGCAUGACGAUCCUGCGCAGCCAGCCGCUGGUGCUGGAGGGUGGCUACGAGAACUGGCUGCUGCACUACCCCAUGUGGUGCAGCGAGCCACAUGUGCAUGUGCCAGCCAGGCCGGGGCCACCCAGCACCCAGCCUGAUCUCUUGGAACUUAACUACCCCUCACUGGAGGAGCCCCCACCUCCCCCGACCCCGGCCCCUCCCCCUGCCCCUCCCCCCACCGUGCGGGACGUGGGGUCCUCCACUCUCGUCGCGGGUGUCCGGCCGGAGCCCGAGCAGAGUGGUGGUGGCGCCACUGCCUCCGCCGCGGCAAGCGCCCCAGGGGGCUCUCUGGAUGCCCUGCCCUCGGGCCUUCCCACUGCUGCAGCCAAGAGCAUUCCUCAGGUGGACCGCUCCAAGAAGCCGGCAGUGGCGACCGCGGGGCCCAACCCGGUGCCCGCCCGGGCCGCCGGGUUUGCGGCCGCGGCAGUGCCCGGCCCGGAGCGGCUGUCUGCGCGCGAGCGCGAGGAGAUUGCGCGCAACGCCGCAGGCAUCAAGGAGAAGGCGCGCGUGGAGAAGGAGAAGAGGAUGAAGGCCGAGGAGGUGAGGAAAAGGAGGGCAGCGGAGGAGGAAGAGAAGAGGAAGUGGGCAGAGGAGGAAAAGAGGAAGACGGAGGAGAGGAGGAAGUUGGAGGACGAGGAAAGGGCGAGGAAAGACCACGUGGAGAGAACACGGAGAGCGCGUUUAGAGAAGGAGGAAAAAGAGAAGGAUCGAGCAGUGCCCUCCCCCGCUAUCGGAUCUGCCAAAGAGAGCCCUCCACCCCAUGCGCCGCAGGACGUGCGAGCAGAACGGCUGCGCCAGCAGCAGGAGGAAGCGGAGAAUCGGCAGCGCGAGGAAGCCGAGCGGGUCUCCAGGAUUCGCGAGAAGGCGGAGCAGGAUCAGCGUGGCAGGAUGCAGGACGGCCGCAUGGGACCGUCGCGCCACACCCCGGACAGUCAUACCGACGUCCGCCCGACCCAGCCGGCCCCUACGGCCCGCACCGCCGCGACCCAGGGGGGCGAGCGGGACCGGCCGCGCCUGCAGCGCUCGUUCUCUUCGCCCAAUGUUGCCCAGCUGGGGAUGGACAUUGACGAGGAGGACGAGCGGACGGUGGUGGACGGGGGGCCUCGCCCCAAGCCACAGUUCGACCGCGCCAGCAAGCCAGUGCCUGCGGCGGUGGUGCGGGCGCAGUCCUCAGCGAUUCUGCCGAUGCGCCACCUCAACCCGACAUACGGUAGAAUGGGCCGCGCGCUUACGGGCCUACGCAACCUGGGCAACACGUGCUACAUGAACUCGGUGGUGCAGUGCCUGAGCAACACCACGUCGCUCGCAGAGUACUUCCUCACUUCGCAGUACGUCAACAACAUCAACAGGAACAACCCCCUUGGCCGCAAGGGCCAGGUGGUGGAGGAGUUUGCAGUUAUUGUGCGCGCACUCUGGUCGGGCCAGUACCGCUCCAUCACCCCCCGCGACUUCAAGUUCAUGAUUGGCCGUCUCAACGAUCAAUUCUGUGGCACGGAGCAACACGACUCGCAGGAGCUGCUCAUCUUUCUGCUCGACGGGCUGCACGAGGACCUCAACCAGGCAAAGCGAGUGCGCGUGAAGGAGGAGAAGACGGAGCACCUGUCCGACUCAAUGGCGGCAAAGCUCGCGUGGGACGCGUACAAGCACAUCAACGAGUCCGUCCUUGUCACCCUCUUCCACGGGCAGUUCCGCUCCACCAUCAAGUGUCUCACCUGCCAGAAGGUGUCGCGCACCUUCGAGGUCUUCAUGAACUUGACGCUGCACCUGCCUUCCGACACCACCUCCAAGUGCACGCUGCAGGACUGCCUGCAGAUGUUCUCCAAACCCGAGAAGAUGACAGAUGCCAACCGCUACCUGUGCAGCCACUGCAAGCAGCGGCGCGAGUCUGUCAAGACGAUGGAGAUCUGGAGGCUGCCACCCGUGCUAAUCAUCCAUCUAAAGCGAUUCUCCUACUCGGGCCGCUGGAAGCAAAAGCUGCAGACGAACGUGGGCUUCCCGCUCACGUCGCUGGACAUGAAGCCGUACAUCAUCAACAAAGAGAAUCGAUACUCCGAGUACAACCUGUACGCCGUAUCGAAUCACUACGGCUCUCUGGAUGGCGGCCACUAUACAGCGUACGCGCACAACACGGUCCGCGACAGCUGGUUCAAGUUCGAUGACCACGAGGUGGAGUUCAUCUACCCCAAGAACGUGUCGACCUCCGCAGGAUACAUCCUUUUCUACUCAGCCCUCCCACAACAACCCCCCCGCAUGGACAUAUUCUAGCCACAUGGCUAGCCACACGACUCAUCGCUCGUAUUGGCCGGCUAGUUGCUCACCUAGUCAAUUCACCAGCUGGUCUUUUUAAUCAUCCAGCUAUUCUUACUCGUAGCCAGUCGAUCUCUUUAGCUAUCUGAGUAGCCUCUCUCUUAGCCAAGCAGUAAUCAAUACGGUUAAGUAGGCACCUAGUAAGCGAAACAGAAAUAUGGUGGAAUGUGUAACUCGCAAGUCCGUCAGGUAUUGAGUAGCAAGCUGAACGGUUAACCGGCUGGUCAGCCAAGCCAGUGGAGAUGCCUGUGGGUCAACCAAUUACCUGAGCAGCCGGCUAGUUGGGGGCCACAGCCAUGCAGGGUUUAACCCAGGGCCUAAUUUCAUCUGGGUCUGUACCAGGUCAGUGACCUGUAAAAUAAUUAUGCACCCAGCACACCACAUCCAGUGCGGCUUAUCGCUAUGGCUGUGGCUACUGCUGAUCUCAUUCCACCCUCUCCAGUCUCCCAGAGGACUCGGAGAAUGUUCAGUGACAAAUGAUGCCGUGGAGCAGUCCACGUGGGGACGCGGUAUUCCACGGUCACGAGACCACGGCCUCGCACAGCGGGUGAUUGUUCGCUGAUGCCGUGUGUUGGGUGAACUGCGUUAUGGCUUUUGUUGAAAAGGAAGCGUGCACUUUCAGCUCCGCGCGGCGAUGCUGCGGCAGGCCCUGCACCGUGAUGCCGGUGGAGUCGAGUUCCUGCUGCUCCCCGUGGGUGUUGCUCGUGUGGAGGAGGAGCAAGUAAGGGAUUGGAGUCACGUCCGAGGUGAUCUUCAGAGGCGGCUGGAGCUCGCAGUCUUUUCCUAUAUUAAGCAUUGGCCCCCACGUAACCCAUUUCGGCCGGUGGUGGCGCAGUGGUGACAUUUGCACCUUACAGGAAGGAGAGCCUGGGUUCAAUUCCUGAAUCGGGGGCCUUUCUGUGUGGAGUUUGUACUCCUUGUUCUGGUUCUGCAUGGGUUUCCUCUGAAAUGUUUGGUUUCCUAUAGAUAAAAAUAAACCACACAAAUAACUAAAUUGAGAUCCCACACACAGCAGCAAACUUGGCAGGACCCUCCUGAAUAAAGAGUCUUGAAACUCUGAGGCUUUCCUGGGUAAACAAGCGUAGUCAUAAAAUUCGUUCAUUCCAAAAAGAAGGUUCUCGUCAAGAAAAUGUUUUCCCUACGAUUUGAUGCCGGCACCCGCGUUGAAUGUUCGCACAGUAUAUUAUGCGGGUGUCGACACUAAGAGAAACGUGGUUCAUGUCGAAGAGAAUAUUCUGUAUCCUUGCAUCUCCGUGCUCGUGUUGGGUCAACAAUGGUGAGGUAUUGGGGUGUAUAUACGGUGGUGACGCGGACCGUUUCUGUCGAUUCUGUUCGUCAUUGAAGCUUUUAUCUUCGGCUGCUGGCGGGGGUUGGCGGCUGGCGCCGUGCGUUUGCCGGCCGUCGUUCGUCCCGCCUUGCUUUAAAUAAACGCGGCUGUCUCC